AUGGGUUCCGAAGAACAGAAGCCGACGCCGGAGAACAACACUCUGCUCCAAGGCUAUGAGUGGAAUUGCCCUUCCGACAACAAACACUACAAACGCCUCGCCGCCGAAGUACCUAAGCUGAAGGCAAUCGGCAUUAACAACAUCUGGCUUCCUCCCGGCUGCAAGGCUGCCAACCCUAAGGGCGUUGGUUUCGAUAUCUAUGAUUUGUAUGACCUCGGCGAGUUCGACCAAAAAGGUACCCGCGCCACGAAAUGGGGAUCCAAGGAAGACCUCUUGGAGUUGAGCAAGAUUGCGAAAGAGAAUGGUGUUGGACUUUAUUGGGAUGCGGUCCUUAACCAUAAAGCUGGUGCAGACAAGACCGAGAAGUGUCGCGUCGUCGAAGUCGAUAACGAAGACCGUACCAAGGAAGUUGGUGAGCCUUACGAGAUCGAAGGAUGGCUAGGUUUCGACUUCGCUGGCCGUGGAGACAAGUACUCAUCCAUGAAGUACCACUGGGAGCACUUUUCCGGAACCGACUACAACCAGGCCAACGAAAAGAAGGCCAUCUACAAGAUUGUUGGUGACAACAAGGGCUGGAGCAACUCGGUCGAUAACGAGGGUGGUAACGCAGAUUACAUGAUGUUCGCAGACAUCGACUACCGCCAUCCGGAAGUUCAAGAAGACGUCAAGAACUGGGGUGUCUGGAUCACAAAGGAGCUCGGUCUCAAGGGUUUUCGGCUUGACGCUGUACAGCACUUCAGCGAACGCUUCACAAACGAGUGGAUCGAGAAUGUGCGCGAGCAAUGUGGAAAGGACAUUUUCAUGGUUGGCGAAUUCUGGUCCGGCGACCGUACCGUAAUGAUCGACUGGCUCGCAGACCUAGACCACAAAUUCUCCCUCUACGACUCCCCCCUCCUCAACAACUUCGCCCGCCUAUCCACCACCCCGGACGCCGACCUCCGCACCGUCUUCGACGGCUCGCUCGUCCAAGCCGAGCCCGUGAAUGCUGUCACCGUGGUCACAAACCACGACACGCAACCCGGCCAAACCAUGGAGACCAAAAUCGAAGGCUUCUUCGUACCCCUCGCAUACAGCCUGAUCCUCCUCAGGAAAGAAGGCUACCCGUGUCCCUUCUACGGCGACCUAUACGGCCUCAACGAACCUCACGAGACCCCCGCGUCGUGCGGCGGGAAACUCGCCGAUCUUAUCCUCGCACGCAAAUUGUAUGCGUACGGCGACCAGGAGGAUUACUGGAACGAUCCUAACCUCAUCGGCUUCGUACGUCGUGGCACUUGGGACAAGCCAGCUGGUCUCGCUUGUCUGAUGAGCAAUAAGGGUCCCGGGGAGAUCAAGAUGGCGGUUGGAGAGAUGCACGCAGGUGAGAAGUGGACGGAUGUGCUGGGCUGGGAAGAGGGCGAGGUUGAGAUCGACCAGGAUGGGUAUGGGCUGUUCAAGUGUCCGGGUACGAGUGUGGCUAUUUGGGUGAAGGCGGAUGCGCAGGGUCGCGAUCAGUUUCCGGUGAACUUUGACGCGGAUAUUUACGGCAAAGCGUAG